AUGUUCGACGACGCCGACCUCAUGCGCCGUGAACUUGAGCAUCUGAUCGCGGAACAAGCUCAAGAUGUCUUGCUGGUCAUGCCCUCAUACGGUGGUAUCGUAGGCACGCAAGCAGCUGUGGGCCUAGGUAAGGUCGAGCGACAGGCUGGAUAUGAUCAACGAGGAGAACGAGGAGGCGUGGUUUGCUUACUGUACGUCUGUGCCUUCAUCUGGCAAAAGGCGAGCAUCUGUGAAAACGGCAUCUGCGUACCGAUGAACCCGGAACGAAUCUUCUACCAGGAUCUACCCGUCGAUGAUCAAACGAAAUGGGCUACUCACAUAAAACCACAACCGCUGGCAUAUCAGUUCAAUCCAAUGACGAAGGCCGCGUACGAGAAUAUCCCAGUCACUUACUUGCACUGCAAAAAUGACCAAGCCUUGCCUUUACAUAUCCAGAAAUUCUUUGUAGAGAGGUGUAUCGCCAAAGUGGAAACGUUCACCUGUGCCGCUGGGCAUUCUCCUUUUCUAAGCCAACCAGAUAACUUUGUAAAGAUUGUUGUCAAGAUUUCUGGCCCGGCGUAG